AUGGAAUUGCCGCCCUCCCAUGUCAUUAACUACGCUUUGGAAAGUUAUUCAGAUUCUGUGCAUUGGUUCAUGUUAUUGUUCCAUGAACCAUCCCUGAGAGCUGAGUUACAGGAGCUCACCGCAACGGGCUUUGUCCGCGCGGAUCGAGUCUCUUUUUUGGUCCUUGUUGUAUUGGUUAUUGGCAUCGGUGCAAAGUACUCUACCAAGUCCGAGGCCGAAGGAAUAUGUCCAGGGCUUGACAUGGACCAUCUUGGAAACAAACUCAUCCACAAAGUGGAGGAACGACUUCUUGAUGUCUUCGAUCAAGCUAACAUUGAGGCUGUUCAAAUCUCGAUCCUUCUUUCCUCCUACUAUGCCUACCAUAGUAGACCAAACCGCAGCUUUGCCUUAAUGGGAAGCGCGUUGAAAAUUGCUCAAGCCUUGGGACUGCAACAGGAAUCACACUGGAAGAUGGACGAUCCCACCCUGCGAGAGGUAUGGCGACGGUUGUGCUGGGCACUCUAUACAGCCGAAGUAUUUAGUGCUAUCACCUUUGGUACUCCCUGCAACGUCCAUGAUAGUGAUUGGGACGUUUCUUUUCCUGGCAACAUCGAUGAUACCUCAAUGACUUGCCCCGGAUUCGAUUCCAUGGAAAGCUAUGAGGACGAAACAUUUGGACCGGUUACUAUAGCAUCCUACCAGAGAUACAAGUUUCGACUUUAUCGAAUUGCUUCAGCCAUUACUCGAAACAUCUAUCUCCGGAGUGGGGCAACUCUUUCUGAAGUAGUUGGCGAGAUCAAAGCAAUUAACCAUCGUCUGCUCCAGUGGGAAAAAUGCAUACCGCCGGAAUUGCGACUGAAGUAUUUGAAAUCUAACGGCACUGACAGGACAAGUACGAGGACCGUCCGAACCUUCCAACUUCAGGCCCUUGCGCUCCAACUCUCUUAUGACAAUAUUCAAUUGGUGCUCCACAGGCCCCUGUUAACAAUAAACCGUGUGCCUCGAUGGCCCCGUUUAGGACCGGAAGCAGGCAAUGAUCCUGACCAAAUCAUGGUUCAAACCGUUAACGACGCGAUCGAUCCGAGGAUGAUCAGGACAAGCAAGUACCAAUGCUGGGUUUCUUCGAUGAGAACAUCCAAGAUUGGCGAACACGCUGAGAUUCUCGCCGCUUCCCAGAACACGCAUGGAGCGGCUUAUGCUGGGAUUCAGUCCUUCACAGCUGGUGUUGUCCUAGGCAUCUUCGCGCUAUCCGAUCCCCUCUCAGAUCAGGCUCACCAAGCGAAACGUGCUGUGAGCAGAAUUAUCAAGCUUCCUCGGCUCCACCGGUUCCGCACGACUGUGUCUGACCAAUGUGGUGCGAUUCUGGAAGAGCUUGUUCGAUUGGUCCUUGCGGAGGAGAUGAAAGCUUUGUUGACGGAGGCAGAGUCGUCUGGUCAAGAUUGUGUACAAGAAAAGCUCACGGACGGACGCGUCCCCGUUAAUCAACUUUCUCCCGUUACGGAUUCCUGUGACAAGCAAUCUCCAGUCGACGAAAGCAAUGUACCAUUCCAGGGCGCGAAGCUCUUGGAUGGGAGCACAGAUGCAUUUGAGCUGUUUUCCCACCACAAUGUUGAGCUGCCCCGAGACAUCACAUCUGGAAACUUCAGUGACGCACUUGUUUCUCUACAAGAUGUGUUCCGUGAUGGUCGCACUGGGGUCAACAGCCGCUUAGGAAAUGGCAGUCGACAUCAGGAACAGGUCGGACUGUCAUCGAUAUCUGGGACAUUCCCAUACUCGCAACCUUCCUCGGGCUCUGCUGCUAUGUCAAACGGCAGGUUGACCAAUACUUUUGAUGGGACUUCUCAAGUAUGGAUCUGGGAUGAUUUGCUUUGGCUCCCUGACGGUACUUGA